CAGAUUUUUAAUUCCCUCUAAACGUAGCAAAGAGGGACCGCCAGGCGCUUAGGCCCUCUAGUAACACAUUUGCAUUCUAGAAUGGACUAGGACGGCACGCUUAGCCGGCGCCUCACGGGAGAGCGGGGCAAAUACAAUACCGGUCCGGUCUCGAUGACAGCCCGAUUUGUCAGCGAAUUGAAGCCCGCUUGAUCCAUAUAGCUCGGCCUCGGCCUUCCUACCCCGUUUAGCUUCAUAAUGUCAUUAGAUAUAAGUACGUAUCAGUUUGUGCUUCUCUACGGUCCAAUUGUCAAGCUAUAUUCUAUUACGUUAUAACCUAUUCCCAGAGUUCUCUCAUUCGAAUUAUAUAUCAUAUCCUCGGAGUAAGGCUUUUGUAAUACGCCAUGACUAAUAUCAGCAUCAAGAUAGUAUCGGACACCGUCUGCCCAUGGUGUUACAUCGGCAAGAAGCGCCUGGACCGAGCUAUCGACUUAUACCGCAAGACGUAUCCCGACGGCAAGGAUGAUACUUUCACGGUAUCCUGGUCCCCGUUCUAUUUGGACCCGACUUCGCCUAAGAAGGGCAUUCCGCUUGUCGAGCGCAUGACUCAGCGCUUCGGCCCAGACAAAUUCGAAGCCAUGAAAAUACGCCUGGAGCUGUUGGGGCGUGAGGAGGGCAUCAACUUCAGUUUUAAGAGCAAGAUUGGUAACACACGGGACUCGCAUCGUCUGAUCCAGUUUGGCAAGGCGAAGGGCAAUGACGUCGAGAACCGCGUCGUGCUGGAGCUGUUCAAGUCAUAUUUCGAGGGCGAGGGGGACAUAACGUCGCAUGAUACGCUGAUCGAUGCAGCUGAGAAGGCCGGCCUGGACAAGGCGGAGGUGAAAGAUUGGCUUGAAACGGGUAAAGGCGGCAAGGAAGUCGACGAGGAAGUCCAGGAGGCGUAUGCGAAGAAUAUACAUGGCGUGCCACAUUUCACAAUUCAAGGUAAAUACGAGGUUGGCGGAGCAGAAGACCCCCAGACUUUCUUGGAAGCGUUCUCAAGAGCGAAGGAGGGGAUUUGAAACGACGUGGGACCUGUUCGUCGGGCCUGUCGUAGGAUGGUAGUUGGCGUUU